GUUAAACAUUAACAGUUAAUCCAGUUACAUGUUUAGGUCUUGUGGGGUUUAUGAUUAAAAAAGAAAAACAGCAGCAUUACUAACAGCAGUAAAGUCCCAACUGCAGCUGCUUAUUGAUAGAAGAAGACAGCUGGUGGAACAACAUAUUGCUUUUUCGAGAUGAGCAAGGUCAUGGGGAUUCAUCACAUCGUGAUUCUGCUACUGGUCCUGUGUGCCUCACUGUCCACGUAUGGUCAAACAGAAGAAGUAAAGGAGCGCUAUAAGAAAUUCCUCAGGCAGCAUGUGUUUGGAGCCAUGAAUGUGCAGAGAUGUGACAGUGAGAUGCGUACGAGACGCAUCACGGGAUCCCCAAAUGACAACAGCUGCAAAGAAGUCAACACUUUCAUACUAGCAAAUAACCACCAAGUUAGAGCAGUUUGUACCGGAGGAGGUACUCGACUCCCUGAAAACAGAGAUUUGUAUAUGAGCAACAAGCCAUUUCCUGUAGUUACAUGUUCAUUAAUCAGUGGGGAGAGACACCCCAAAUGUGAAUACAGAGGACACAAGUCCACUCGAAAGAUUGUUGUGGGGUGUGCAGGCGACUGGCCAACGCAUUAUGAUGAAGGGGUCAUUGUAUAGAUGUCAUCCCAGGCAGCACAUGUUAGGAGAAAAUUGUUAGCUUAAAUGCAAUGUAAGUCGCUUUGGAUAAAAGCGUCUGCUAAAUGCAUAAAUGUAAUUUUUAAUUUUAAUUUAAGUUGAACUUAUAGCUUCCUGUUAAUUAAUGUUCCUUUUAAUAAUUGUUAAUUUUCAACAAUGUUAUUCAUUUUACUGAUAAUAAUUUCUAGACAUUAAUGUUGAAAUAGCUUAUACAUUGAACAGUAAUGUAGCCUAUAUGAACUAAGCUAAAUAAUUUUUUGACAUAAUUUGUUGAAUUUAUGUUAUAGUAAAACAAAACUUUUAGCUAUUUUUUUCUGAGAAGCAUAUGCAGUAAUAAAAAUGGUUUGAUGUUUUUUUCUGCUUUUGUAAAACAGCACACAUUUUUGUUUUAUGAAUGAAAUACAAUAAAAUAAAAUGUUGUCUUUGA